CCUUUUCGACGUGGCAAGUCGCCAUGGAAAUAAGGUUGGGCCUCCUUGUCGGAGCCCAUGGCGACCUAUAUUUCGGCCCGGGCCAUCUCCAUCUAUAUCAUCUCCCGUGUUCUAAGCCGUCUGUCGGCCAGUAAGGGAGAGGUCGUUGCAGAGACCGUCGAAGUACCUGAGCUCGAAGCUUCGCUUCACAGGCAGGUUUUCAGCUGGUUCGGAGAUAACUGUGUACUGGCUCUUCGGCCCUUCAACAUCGUCUUGUUCGGCACCGGCAUCUGGUUACAGACCAUGAGCAUAGGAUGGCUUGUGCAGCUGAUCUGA